AUGGGACCCCCAGAGUCUUCUAUCUCUUUGAUUUCAACUCCUCCUGCCACACAGUCACCCCAGGCUUCUCAGCUAAUCAACGUUACACCGCUUCCAAAGGUUACUCAGGCUAUCGUCAACGCUGCACCACCUGACAAGGCUCUGCAGGAUCUCAACACUCUCGCCGACGCUCUGAAUGUCACCCUGGAAGAACCUCAGCACAUGGUCCUCAUCCCAGAGAAUGAAGAGGCUGAGACUAUAUUCAGAGGAGUCAGCAAACUGUGGCAAAACCACACUGAGUGGAGUCUCGAAGAUAUACGUGAUGUUGCCGAGAAAUGGAAGUUGGAGGUUGACCGCAUUCGCAAAGCCUUGGAUAAGUCCAAGGACUCGCUCAAGUUAUCCAAGCAGACUGAGGAUAUCAAGAGGUCUGAGCACUAUGAGAGGGUCAAGGCAUUGGAGGCUGAGGUCAAGAAGAAGGAUCGGUUGAUACGGGAGGCAGAGACUGCCAAUGAUGAGCUCAUAUCUGACCAUGACAAGGCUAUUGAGGAGAAGCAGGAGAAGCUAGCGGAGCUUGAGGCUAAGCUCGAAGAGGAGCGUCAAAGGGUGAAAGACAUCAAGGAGAAUUACAACUCGCAUAUCGAGUAUACCCAGCGCUCUGAUCAUCAAGACUCGUUAGAAGGCGAGUUUCUCGAGGCUUUCAGGUCAGCUCGAUUCCAACCCCCGGAGAACACUGGAAGUCUCGUCGGCUAUCUCAACCAAGCUCUCGACGCACUUGUCUCCUGCCAAACCAAACUCAAGGAUGAGAGCUCAAAGUUGUCAUUGUACAAACAAUGGUACGCUGUUUUGAGCGAUUCAAACGAAUCGCUGCAAAAGACUAUCGACAAACUUACUGAAAGCGAAGACAAAACCAAAGACAAGGCGCGUGUCUCUGCGGCAAAGGUCGAAGAACAAGAGCGACGCAUCGCGGACCAAGCAACUGAGAUCCGCAACCUCCAGUCAAAAGUCAAGACUUCGACGAGAGUACAAAAGGAUGUGGAAGUGCAGAAUGAUGCUCUGCGAAAGCUCGUCAAAACGGCAAACAAGGAGCGUGACAAGAUGCAAUCCAGGGUCAAAGACAAUGCUUCGCUUAAGGCCGAGUUUGAGUCCAUCCGAAUCAUGCUCAAGCUUCCUCAAGACUACUUGCGGGAAAAGCUGACUUCGCUCACCGCGCUCGAACGAGAGGUUUCCACCAAGCUUGAAAACAGCCAAGACCGUUACAAGCCUUUGAAGACGCUUGCCGACUCCCAUGCUGCUGAAACCAAGAAUCUGAACCAGAAAAGCACAACUCAACAAAUGGACACCACGAGGCUAGAGACUGAGGCCGAGCCUCAUUCACAACACACAGCCCGACUCCGCAGAGACAUGGACUCGCUCAAGGACAGACUCGAGGAGGCUGAAGAGGCGAGAAAACUUGUACAGGCCGACCUCGACAGUAUCCAUCAACAUGAGAGUGCUGUUAUCAAGGACCUUCGAGCGAAGCUCGACAAAGCUUUGGAAACCUCGGCUGAUCUGCAGACCGCACUCGACAAAUCUCGUGAUGUCAACCAAAAGUUGGAUGCACAACACAACAAGUUCAAGGCUCAGAUCAUGGAGGCAAUUGGAGCUCGUUACAGCAACACGCCGUGGGACUACAAUAUCGUAAGGGAUGCGAACGAUCUCCGUAUUCUCGUCGAUGACAUCAGGAACACACUCGAGAUCGACGAAGAUGUCGAUAUCUGCGAGCACAUCAAGAAGAAUCUCUAUACUCGGAAAGAAGUGGAUGCCUUUGUCAACUCUGCUUUGGAGCCGGCGAGGGAGGCUCUCAGCCUCGCACAUGAUGGUGACGUCGAGGACGCAGUUUAUUCGAUCAUUUCUGAGCAGAGCAUUCUCUCCGAUCUCCUCUCUCACAUUGCUCUCUCAGAUGACACUGAAGAAGGCGACUCUGCGCGCGUUUCAAAGGUCAAGACUGUCUUGGAAACCAUCAAACUUUUGCAGAACGCUAUUGGUGACAAGGAGGGCACUCAGGCAUAUGUGGACGAGGUCAGGAAGUCGAAGGUGUCAGACAAAGCCUUGACCAAGAUCAACACCGCUCUUGAUGGAAUUCCGGGUGAAUCUGCUAUCGCCAAGAUCAAAUAUCUCAAGGAUUUGCGCCUUGAGCUUCAGGCUGUUUGCAAGGCACUCAAUGUGUCAGACUUAUCUGCAGCAGACCGUACCAUCAAAUUGCUCAAGGCUGACCACACGAAGAUGUCGGAUAUUCGCAAAGAGCUCACACUGUCACCCGACGAACAGGUUCUCGAAACCAUCACCAGGCUCAAGAAAGAGCGUGACGAGAUCAACACAGCCUUUACAAGUUUAAGUCAGUCUGUCGAAGGUCUGUCUGCUGUACAGAUCGUCACAUCCCUCAUCCCGGAGUUACUCUUGGCCAUCAAACACUUUAUCACACACGGUGCAUCGCUCACGCAAUUGAGUCCCAGACUCAGCCGGCGCCUACUUGCCACUUACAACUGGGAUGCUCAUGAUCAUACACCUCUUCCGCAGACUGAUCUUUCGUGGGAACUCAUCACCGGCACAUCGGCGUCACCGGAUUCAUGCAGCCAGAUCAUCUCUCGUUUGAGACUGCUGCUUUUUUCUGAGACCCCAGUGCCUUUGCCGAUUAUUCAAGCCCUCCUCAACACCUUUGAGCAAUGCGUUGGUGGAGACUUGGUCCGACUCGUGGAGUUGUUAGAAGUCUAUUGGAGCGAUGGACCUCUCCAUGUUGACGCAGUUCACGCCUUCGCUACCGCCCGCAUGAUUGAGUUUAUCGUUCGUGGCGUAUCGAACCGAGACCACGGAGCUACUCAGGUUUACAGAAUGAUUGCAUUGUGGACCACAAUUUACCCACUGAGAGACCCACUACUCACAGCUUACUCUCGUUGGUUCCAGAGUCUUCUGGGUACGCCUUCAACUAUGCCCCGUCUCCUACAGGUACUCUACGAGGAGGCAAUCGUUCAGAUCAUGAGAGAGCCAGGCACGUCGCGAAUCUUUUACUGCAACGUGCUACCAGGCUAUCAUCUUAUUGCCGACGGUAAUAGAUUGCAUUUGUUCGAGGAGGAUUCUCUUGAGAUUGAUGGACGCACACGUCUGAUCAGCUUCCCCGAUGACCGUAUCGCUCCCUUCAUGACCAAUCUGCCCCACGAGAGGCUUAACCCCGUCAUCCGUCGUUACAUGAGGAGCUUGUGGGUUAGAACUACCUUCAAGCGAAUUUGGUAG